GUGCGUCCACGCGCACUGUCCCACUGCGUCCCGUGUCCUCGGAGGGUCUAUGGAGCGGAAUUCUUCUCAUGUCCUCUGUCAUGAGGCUGAGGACGUGGGCCCCGGGAAGCCCGCCGUCCCUGCCGUCAUGUUCUCGGUGGGUGUGGUGGGAAACGCGGUGGCGCUGGUGCUGCUGGGGCUGUGGCGCACGAGGACCACUCUGUACCACAUCCUGGUGCGCGCGCUCCUCACCACGGACCUGCUGGGCUCCGUGUCCGUCAGUCCCGUGGUCCUGUGCGCGUACGCGUGGGGGAAGACUCUGUUGGGGAUGAGCGGGGACAUGAAGGUGUGCGUGUACUUCGGCUUCAGUAUGACCUUCCUCACCUUGUCCACGCUCGGCAUCCUGUGCGUAAUGGCACUGGAGCGCGUGCUCUCCAUUGGACACCCGUACCUGUAUGAGAGACACCUGAGCAAACGCGCAGGUCUGGUCGCCGUCGUCCUCAUCUACGGGGCCAGUGUCGUGUUCUGCGUGGCUCCGUUUGUUCAGGUGGGGAAAUACGUGCAGUACUGUCCCGGAACCUGGUGUUUCCUGGAACUGGAGAGGACGGAGCUGGAUGCAGAGGGCCGCGCGUACGUGCAGCUUUACGCGUCCAUCAUACUCCUGCUGAUCUCCAGCACGGUGCUGUGCAACAUAACCGUGAUCGUGUACCUGGUGCAGAUGUACAAGAGGCGCAAGAUGCACCGAAGGGGAAUGACGUCACACUCCCGCUACCGGAGGUCCCUAUCCAUGACGGAGGAGGUGGAGCAUCUGCUUCCGCUGGCCAUCAUCACUGUGGUGUUUAUGGCCUGCACCAUCCCGUUAGUGAUCCGUGUUCACACAUCCACCAGCCAAAAGGAACGAGACGCAGCUGAUCUGCGCGCUAUGCGUUUACUGUCCGUCCACUCCAUCAUCAACCCCUGGGUCUUCAUCAUCCUCCGUCCAGCCACUCUGAAAACCAUCUGGAGGAAGUUGGGCCGGUCUCAGAACCACCCGGCCCUCACCUGUAUGUCGACCCCCACAGCUCUGGAUAGACAGACCAGGGGAGGCGGGACCAGGGGAGGUGGGGCCAGGGGAGGCGGGACUGAGCCGCCCCAGCAUCAGCACGAAGAGACACAUGGAACUGUGGAGGAGCUCCAUCCAACUACUCAAGCUUGAUUAGUUUGAUAACAGGAAAAGCCUCAGAGGUUUCUGUUGAAUGCACUGAAAAAACUUUGGGGGGUUAUUUACUUCGGAAAACUUAGGAAAGUAUUUGCACUUAGAAUUGUAAGUAAAUUCUACCAGGGCGAUCGUCAAGUAAACUUUACUUGUGGAUAUACGUUUAUUUUACUAACAAACCUCAGGUAAUUUACUAAUGAUAAUUCAUAUGGUCAUUGAAUUUGAGUCUCUCCUUUUUUGUAAGUUUUACUCAGACUCUGACUGCUUCAAACUGAAAAAUGCUAACACAUCUAAAGCUAACGGCUUUUCAAGGUAAUUUUUUAAAUACUGUGAUGUUUUGGUAGAACAAAGUUACAGUAGAAUGAACGUUGGUCGUGCUUCUUGGGUCCAAAUACAUCACACGCUUGUGAAAAGGCACUGGUAUUAACUUUCAUUAAACUACAUGUUGAAGAGUAAUUAUAGAAUAAUUACAGUACUGCUCUGAACUGCUCUAAAAUGUCAUAUAUUUCUUUACUGAUGAAGCUUGUCUCCCAGUAAACUCAUGGACACCAGUACUGAUGAGUUCAGGGUCAGUUCAGUCACUGAAGCAGAUGUUGUGUCUACAGAAGCUAGGACCUUCCAUUCCAACAGAUCCAUGUCUAAAACAACAGCCAUGACACUUUGCAUAGCACAUCCCAGCAACAAGACGUGGACUGACAGUUGGCAAGUCACGUCAACAGGUGAGGUCCAAUCAGAAGACAGAAUCAGAUGAUGUUACGAAGUCCAACCCACUGUUUGGGGGUGGCGUCACCCAAGAAGAUAACUGUCAACCACACCUGCUGUUCGGGGCUCUUGGACUGGAGCUCCUGCUGGAGCUCUUGUCCAGAGAGACCAGCGCUGGCUUUUAUAUUUCACAUGUGAUCAGAAUAAAUUCUUA